CCCCGCGCUCCUCCCCGCGCUCCUCUCCGGGCUCCUCCCGCCCACGCUGCGCCGCUAACCCCGGGCCUGCGAGUCCUGCGCUCCGGCUCGGUCUGCUCUUACUCCCUGAGCUUCACCGCGGGACCUGAAACUCUCUUUUACUGCCUUCCCCCCUUGCUCUCGCCCCUGGUCCCACUCUCUUCUUUUUCUCCUCGGUCGAAGGAAGUCCGUUUCCCCAGUCCUCGUCUCUCUAUCCACACCCUCUUCCCUCGAUUUUGCUCGGCUUGUCUCCAGGCAGAGGCAGCUCUGCGCUCCGACGCGCCUUCGCUGCAUCCGGCAGGAGCGGGGAGCCCUGGGCCUCACGUACCUGCGCGGACUGCUGGUGAGGGUUGCAGGGCGCCUGGCCGGCUCUCGACGUUCUUCUGACUGGUUGGUGCUGAGGGAAUCUGGAGUCAACAUUGUCAGCCUUCCGGGCUCUGCAUGCUGGCGGUCAGCAGUUGACUUCUUCAUCUUGGUCGGGGUUUUAGCGUCUGCAGAACAUCUCAAGGAUACAGCUCAGGGUGUUACCGACAGCCCUCAAGGAGGAACUAAAGUUUGGAGCCAGAAAAAAAGGUGUGGAAAGGACGUGUGAAAUCAAGGUUCCGGUGGACGUGCUCAGACCUGGUACCUGGCGCAUCCUGCCCAGACUUCUGAUGCACAGAGUCCCUGGAAAUAAAUGUCAUUGCUGUUUUGUAUCGCUAAGUUUUGAAACGGUUUGGUCUGCAGCAGUGGAUAACCAAAGGUACAUCGUCUACUGAAUUAAACACUAAGUGUGCAGCUGUAGUAAUUAAUUCUGCCUCCAGCUUCCCUUCCUGUGGUAACGCCUACCCAUCACCGUCCCGAGCUCUUCCCGCAGCCCUUCCCAGCACCGCCAGCAGCGUGCGCAGUGGAGCGAUGUUGUGUGUGUCGAGCACGUUCUUAGCAUUGUGUUUCUUAUUCGCAUGUUUGACAAGCGUUGAUUGAGAUCCACGUCAGGCCAGACUCUGAGGGUUUAGAGCUGAGUGUCUGCCUUCUAUCUUCUCCAUUUUUCAAACCAGAAUUUACAUAAUCAUUCCUUGGAAAUCGCUCUUUGACUUGAACAGAUUGAUCCAGGUGUCCUUUUCUUGCGUAUUUGUACGUUUUAGCUCCAAAGAACUUAUGGUACCUUACAAUAUGACCUAUGGUAUCAAACCAUGAAAAUAAAAUUAAAAUGGAAAGUAUCAGGACAGAAAAAUAAGUACACAAUGAACCGAGUUUAAUGGCAUUGCCGCAAGUGAGCGAGCACCUCUGGGACCCCGGCGGAAGGAGGCCGCGGGUGGGUCAUUUUCAUGGCUCGGUGAAAGCAGGCAGGUCACUGCUCCAGCAGAGAUGGAGAUUCUGACUCCCCUGCUGGGGGGUGGGGGGACAGGGGACCAGAGGUGAGCAGCGGAGACAGCACGGGUGGACGGCAGGGCUUGCGAGGACCUGGGCCGUGGGAAGAGCAGAGCGUGCUGGGGCUGGGAGGGCGGCAGGAGGCUGGUGGGAAGGGCUGUGGCCGGAGGAUGCAGGGACAAAAGGGCUCAUCGAUGGGGCAGGCCCUGGGCUGGAGAUUCGGACUCGGGAGAAUGACGAGUUUCCUGGCCAGCGCUUCCAGGGUUCAGUUUAAAUGAGACGAGCGUGUAGGAGGGGGGUUGGGGGUUGAAGAGAGUGGGUGUGCACUGGACUCUCCUGGUAGAACCUGCCGGAAUGGAAGCCUGUUCCAGAUUCAGACCACUGGGGCGUCUGGAUCCAGAGAGACAGCGAAAAGUCAGAUGGCGACAGAAGGCCAGCGGGGCCUGCUCAGCCUCCAGAGGCUCCUGGCCCGCACACAGCCUCCCCUCUGAACCACGGAGUCCUGGCGCGGAGGCCCCCCCCCCCCCGCCACCACCUCGUCCUUUCCGAGCGUGGCGAUUGGCAGAGACCGGCCCAGACAGGACGGGCGGCCUGGCCAAUGGGGCGGCCGGCGGGGCGGGUCCGCGGACAGCGGUUGGGGAGGAAGGUGGGUUCCCGAGGGGCUGGAGGGCGAGGAGGGAGGCCGAGCGGGGCUUCCGAGGGCGGCGCAGACGCGGGGGCGCGGUGGGUCCACCCGGAGAGGCCUCCCGGUCACCGCUCGGUCGGGCCGCAGCGCUGUCCGCGAAGGAAGAGGAGCAGGGAGCGGCGGGCCCGAACCCCAACUGCCCCACCCCCCGCGGGAGCCGCCGACGCUGACGACCAGUCGGAGAGAUGACAGACACAAGUGUAACGGUGUGACAGUGGGGUGCGUCCUGAGGGGGACAGUGGUUGUCCUGGGCUGAAAUGUGGAGAGAGAAGGGACCCUGGCCGGGGGAGCAGACACUUGUGGUCAGGAUGUGAAGCCCGCUGCUGACGGCAGUCCGACUCGAGCGAUGUCCUCAGAUGUGCUGGGGAGUCCAGCUCGGCUGUCAUGUUCUGACUGAGCUCCUCUUGUCUUCCCUUCCCCAGCCGGUCCGCACCCCCGUCCCUGAGCGUCCGAGGAGAUGGCCGCGGCGGCGGUGGCUGGGCUGAUCCCGGUGCUGCACUCGGUGGCCGGCGACAAGUCCAGCUACUACGUUGGGCGGCAGCUGUGGUUCGGCUUCAUCGCGGUGUACGGAGUGGUGGUGUACGUGGUCCGCAUGCCCUGGGCCGACCUCCACCAGGACUUCUGGUGCCAUGGCAGCAUCACCUACCCCUGCCUGAUCGAGUGCUUCGAGAGCAGCUUCAGCAGCCCCGUGGUGGGCCUCUGGUACUUCUUCUUCUUCCUCUUCCUGGCCUUCUUCUUCCUCAUGGAAUUCUUCAUGGCUCAGGUCCGGCACAAGCAGAUCAAGGCCAAGCUAGUGGAGUCGGAGGCGGCGGACGUGGAGGAGGGCUCCAUGGUGGGGGUCCAGGAGCAGGCGCCCUCCCCCAAGAAGGCGGCCCCCAACUUCCACCAGGAGAAGGCGCUCCUGCUGCUGUAUCUCGUGCACUUCCUCCUGCAGGUCAGCUCCCAGGGCGUGUUCCUGUUCCUCCUCCACUACCGCCACCUGCCCCUGGUGAGCCAGGCCACCAUCCGCUGCAGCACUGGCAGCUGCCCGGGGCCCUACUUCUGCCUGGUCCGCGGCUCCAUCGAGAAGCGGAUGUCCAUCUACACCCUGGUCACUCUGUCCUUCAUGAUCAUCCUCUUCUGCUCUGGCUUCUUCAUGUACAGCGUCCACCACUACCUGCUGAAGGGCCUCCGAGUGCCAAGUAUUGGCCUAAAUGACGGCGGGCAGCUCAGGUCCCUGAACUCUGUCUGCCAGCCCCCGCCUUCCUCCUUCACAGAAUAAACCCGUGUUCUCCCUUUCUCUGGCCA